AUGGUGAGAAAUUAUAAAAAAAGAGGGGAUUGGUCAGAAGAAAGUAUGAAAGAUGCUGUGAAAAAUGUGGUUGAAGGAAAAAUUGGCUACAAGCUUGCAGCAAAAUCAUUUUUUGUCCCACAAACAACUUUAGAAAGAAAAGUGAAGCUUGCGCGAGAAAGUUUAGAUAAGAAUGAUCCAAUGACUGUUAAAUUUAAGGUACCGUUAGGCCCAAAAGAGAAAGUUUUUACUGAUAAUGAAGAGGAAGAGCUAUGUAAAUACAUAAUAGAUAUGGAGAGUAGGCUUUAUGGACUGACAAUGAAAGACUUAAGAGGUUUAGUCUAUAGACUAGCGGUAAAAAAUAACAAACGUCAUCCGUUUAACAAUGAAAAAGAAGAAGCCGGGAAAGACUGGGCAUUAGGAUUUUUAAAAAGGCACCCAGAACUGUCUAUUAGACAGCCUGAAAGUACCUCAUCCGCACGUGCUGCUGGUUUCAAUAAACAGGUGGUAGACCAGUUUUUCAAUUUUUUGGGCAAUGUUUACGAUGAACAUCAUCUAACACCUGAUCGUAUAUACAACUGCGAUGAAGCUGGUAUUUCAGUUGUGCCCAAAACCAAAUCAAAAAUUAUCGCAAGAAAGGGCAGAAAGCAAGUGGGAGCCAUAACAUCUGCUGAACGAGGUACGACCAUUACAGUAGAAAUCUGUUUUAGUGCUAGUGGUAAUUUUAUGCCACCCAUGAUGGUAUAUCCUAGAAAAAGAAUGGAUCCGCAACUUAUGAUUAAUGCUGCCCCCGGAGCUUGGGGAGUUUGCAGUGAUUCGGGCUGGAUGACUUCAGAACUUUUCCUAGAUUGGUUUAAAAAGUUCGUCAAAUUUAGCGGAGCAACACCUGAGCAUUCUGUUUUGUUAUUAUUGGAUGGACAUAGUACUCAUACGAAGAACAUUGAUCUCAUAAAUGAAGCACGCACUCACGGCGUUAUCAUUUUAUGUUUCCCACCACAUACAACUCACCGUCUUCAGGUUGCAGACGUUGCUUACAUGAGACCGUUAAGUACCUACUACGAUCAUCAAAUCAUGGCGUGGCUUCGCAGCAACCCAGGGAUGACUGUCACUGUCCGACAAGUAGCUGAAAUUUUUGGAAAGGCGUUCAUACAAGCGUCUACGAUGUCAACAGCUGUCAAUGGUUUUAAGAAAUGUGGGAUUUGGCCAUAUGAUCCAACAGUAUUCUCUGAGACCGACUUUGCUCCAUCUUUGAUGACAGAUAUUCAGCUUAAUGUAUCCGACGCACCUGCAAGCGAUAAUAGUUCGUUGAUAAUGGAAUCGUCAUCCACAGAACCAGCAACAAAUAAUCAGAAUGCGCCAAUUAUAUCUGAAGCCAUUUCUGUUGCGGCAACUUUGACGGAUGCAGCAGUGACGCCAGUAACAGUGGAAACAGAAACAUUGUCGAGACUUGAUACUGCCGCUAGUAUUUCUGCGAGUACGUCACUAUCAUCUAAUCUGGUUACUGCACUUACUGUGCUACCUAAUACAAUGUCAACCCCUGAACCAGGAUGUUCUUACUGGCUCGAUAACUCCGAUCUACACGAAAGACCACGAACUCCGCAGCAAUCAAUAUUUGGCGUCGUAAGUCCGCAGCAAAUAAUGCCCUUUCCAGCAACUACAAAAACAUCUCGCUCAACUAGAAAACGAGGAAAAACCGCGGUGAUCACAUCUUCGCCGUAUAAGAAUGAGUUAGAAGAAACGAUUAAGAAAAAGGAACAAGCGGAAGAGGAUAAACAGAGAAAAAAAGGGUUGAGGGAACUUAAAAAAUCUGAAAAAGACCCGGCAACUAAGAAGAAAAGAGUAACAAAGAAGAAACAAGGGGCUAAGAAUAGAUCAUUAAACGAGAAUAGUGACAGCGAUAUUGAAAAUACACCUUGUUUGUAUUGUAAAGGCCUAUAUUUGGACUCAAAUGAAGGCUGGGCUGCUUGUUCAGCAUGCGGCAAAUGGGCUCACUGCAGCUGUGCAGGUGUGGACGACGAAGAUGCAGAUACCGUGUUCACUUGUGAACAUUGUGAACAGUCCUAA